UGGGAUCAUGAUCAGAAUCUUCAUAUACUUAGCAGCUCUGACACUCUGUUUGACAGCAGAAAUCUCAAAAAACAGAGUUGAUCAGACUCCCACUGCCCUGAUUAAAGCUCUCGGAGAAGAAAUCCAGAUACAAUGCAACCAUUCGAACAGUGAUUUUGAUAUGAUCCAGUGGUACAAACAGUCUCCGGGGAAAAAUGACAUGGUUCUACUCGGCCAUGUACGGUUCAACAGUCCAGCUGUUGAAGAUGCAUUCAAGAACAUUUACAACGUGACUGGUAGUGGCAGCAGUCUGUCGACUUUUCAUAUUCCCAAGCUGAGGCAGUCUGUGGACGACGCAGUGUAUUUCUGUGCUGCCAGCUCCUCUUUAAGAGAUCAAAUUUACCAGAUCCCAGCCAACAUUUACAAAAAUCCUGGACAAUCAGCCAAAAUCCACUGCUCACACAGCAUUGAAAGCUAUGAUCAUAUCCUCUGGUACAAACAAUCGAAGAACAAUCAGAUGCAGCUCCUGGGACACAUGUAUGGCAACAGUGGACUUCCAGAGACUGGACUCAACGUGAAGAUAGAUGGGAGUGCGAAAAAAGACCAGAACAGCACAUUAUCAAUUGAAGGACUGAGCCUGAGCAGCAGUGCAGUUUACUUCUGUGCUGUUCGCGAGCACGGUUCUUCUCAGAGCGACAAAGUCCGCCAGACACCAGCUGAACUGUACUACAGACCUGGAGAACAAGCCAAAAUCAACUGUUCACACAGUGUUCAAAGCUACGAUCAAAUCCUCUGGUACAAACAAUCAGAGAACGAUCGGAUGGAGCUGCUGGGAUACAUGGUCGUAAACGUCGGCUAUAUAGAAAGUGGAGCGGACGUGAAGAUAGACGGGGGUGCAAAUAAAGACGAGACCUGCGUUUUAACAAUGGAAGGACUCAGUGUGAACAGCAGUGCAGUUUACUUCUGUGCUGCUAGUUACCACAGUGUCACAUAUCACUGA